AUGAACACGUUGAUUUUAGACUCCAGCAGAAACGUCGACGUCCCAGAACUCGAGUCCCACCCAGCUGCGUCGAUAACGUCGCUCAAUGAAGCUAGCGUGACCCUCAAGUACAGUUCACCCACGAGAAUCUCCCACGCUACCACAGCCGCUAUCACGGCUACCCACGGUGAUCGAGUGCAAGCUCGGAUUGUCUUCUUUUUAAAUGAACUUGGGUCCCAACGUGCGACCAACGGGGACGAAUCAACGUUUCUUCAAGAAUGUCUGGACAACUUGCAGCUUGUUCAAGAGGCCGACAACCAGCGGAAAAUGCUGCUGGAGGUGAUCAAGAGCGCGAAUGCCCAGCUCAGACGUGAGAAAGAGGCUGUUCGCUCCUUGAGAAUGGCGCAGUGGCAAGACAACGUAGCAUAUGCCGAUCUCCAAACCAAGCUCGAUGACAGAACGCAUGAGCUCCAGGCAGCUACCGACACGGUUGCCGAGCGCGAGAGUGAGAUUGUCCAGCUCAAUGGAGCAUACGACGAGUUGAAGACUGAGUUUGACAGCGUCAAACGGGAGCUGAAUGUCUCCCGGCUGGAACUCCUAGGCACUAAGAGGGCAAACGAUGCAAACGUUGCAGCAGCUGUAGCUACACUGCAGCAGCAACUCGACCAAGCAACCCUAGCAUCCGAGACGAAGACGGGUGGGCUUGAGGUCAGCCUUGCACGAACAGCAGAGAAGGCGCGUAGUCUCCAACAAGAGCUUGAUCAAGUGGUUCAAGACCGAGAUGCCCUUCAAGCCGUCAACGCAGACCUGUCCGAGUCCUUGCAAUCGACUGCAAGCCAGUACCAAGACUGCGUGCAAGAACGCGACGAAGCCAUUCGUGUUGCCGCAGAGGUCGGUGACGCGUUGAAUGAAGCCCUGGAGCAGGAGAAGCAGCGUGGUUUGACGCGUUCAAAGCUGCUGAACCGUUAUCAAUGCCAGCGCAAUGCGCUCCGGGGUCUGGUCGCUCGUUACCAUCGCCAGAGCAUGCAUGGCCGGGAUCUUCUCCGGUUCACAGCGAACCAACAGCAGGAGCAGACUGGGUUGCUGCGCGACCAGCUCUCGACUCUCCGCCGCAAGCUUGCAGUCUCGAAGGCUGAGACGGUCCGAAUGAGUGGCCGUCUGCAGCGCGAGACUGCAGAGCGUAUCCACCAGGCACAACAGCUUUCAGAGGCGAAGGUCGAGUACGAUACCAGUCUCCAACAGGCAGAAGUGCAGCGCAUUGCCACCCUUCGCCAGCACAACACGACCCUUCUUCGAGCACAAACGCAGCACAGCGUCAACCUCCAACAGGUACGAAGCACUGCUUCGCAGGAACGAGCACAGAUCGAGGCUCAACAUCUAGACGAGCGUCGCCAAGUUGAGGCAAACUGUGCUGCAAUGCUCCAGCAAAAGACAGCAGAGAACGAGAACGUGCUUCUCCAAGCACAAGGCCAAUCCGAACAACACGCCCAGCAGCUUAGCCAGGCGGAAGCAAAGGUUUUGGAAGUAGAGAAGACAUACAAUACGGCGAAGAAGAGUAUCCACAACCGCGAAAAGCGCGUCUGGCACGUAGGGAGAUACCGCCGUGUCGUUGUCCUGAGCGCAUACCAGGGCACUCAAGGCGAUGCCGUCAGUGCGGAGGAGAUGCAGCUAGCUGUCAGGGAGCUAGACUGGGACUUAGAGGCCCCCAAUUGGACAUCUUUCAAUGGUGCUUUUAAGGACGCAAACACAAUCUUCCACUCUAUCCGCGAAGUGUAG